GCAAGGCUGGGGUCAGGGCUGAGCUCGGUGCUCUGCUGUCAGCUAUGCUGCAGAACAGGAUGUCGGAUUAAGGAGUCUCCAGCCAAAGCCGUGCCCAGGACAGCAGGGGACGGCAGGGAAGUGAAGGAGCUGGGUGGUACCGAGCACUCCCGGGCACUGCCAGCUCACACCCAGCGCUCUGGGGCACGGACGGGUUCUGGGGGCUCAGCCACGCCGGGAGCCAGCCUGGAGCAGCAGGAAAGGAACCUCGCAGGGCUGCGGGAUGAAUUCCACUCGCCCUGGCUGCAGCCGGGAUAUUUCCCCCGUGCCAGCCUCCAGGGCAGCCCGUGCUAUGCCUAGGAAGGAGCUGGGGAUGGCUGGCUGCAACUCUGGCAGCUGUGACAGCAUGGCCAGCACAGCCUCCAACCACUCGCAGCGGAGCGCCAGCAGCUAUGAUUAUUUAUCCAUGGAGGAGAAGGAGUGUUUGCUGUUCCUGGAGGAAACCAUUGGCUCCCUGGAUGCAGAAGGAGACAGCGGCGUGUCCACGGAUGACACGGACUGCGGAGAUGUUGGCAAUGGGAUUCCCGCUCAGAGCAGGGACCAGCAGCGUGGUGGGGCAGAGCAGAGGAGUGGGAAAAUCAUCUCAGCGUCCUCCAGCCCAGGCUGCCCCAGCGCUCCGAGGAACAUCCCUGCAGCCAACGGAGCUUCUGGCAGCAAAGGAAGGGUCCCCACGGUGCCAGCGGGAAAAGCGGCGCAGGAGGUGCCCAAGGAGGGGCUGGACCGAGCCAGCUCAGGAAGCCACAUGAAAUCCGUGAUUAUCCGGCCUCCAGAGCCCUUCCAGGAUGACCUGGAGUGGUCACGCAGCCCUCGCUCAGACGCCGAAGGGGAGGCGGCCAAGGAGACCAAGAUCCGGACUUUGUGGGGCCACCCGGAGAAAUCCACGCUGGAAGAGGCCCCUCAAGACCCCGAUGCCAAGCGUGGGCCUCCAACUGCCCCCAAACCACGCAAGCUGCCCCCAAACAUCAUCCUGAAAAGCAGCAGGAACAGCUCAGUGCCGCUGCCCACGGAGCACAACCACAAGGUGAAAGCAGCACCUCCACCCUCAGCCACCCCUCAGCCCAGCCCUGCCGGCGACAGCGCUGCUGAAAAGGGGAAUUCGGGCCACCUCGACCCCAAGGAGAAGGAGAAAGCCCGACGGGAAGCCCUGGAGAAGUUGGGACUGUCCCAGGCCAGGAGGGAGCCCAGCGCCCACCUCCAUCCCCACCCCAGGGAGACGCCGCUCCCCGUCCCUGGGCAGCCUGGGGAGGGAUCCGUGCCGGGGAUCCGGCAGAUGACCUUCAAAUCCAACACCCUGGAGCGCUCCGGGGUGGGGCUGGGCAGCUCCAUCAGCAGCAGCAGCAGCAAGGAGCAGAACACCAGGAGCAGCAGCAGCUCCCUGGGCAAGAUGUCCUUCAUCGAGCGCCUGGCCCCCAGCUUCCUGCGGGGCGGCCGCCCCCGGCCCACCUCCCUCGGGCCAGGGAAGGACUUUGGUGGCCUGAAGGAGAGUGAGGAGCAGGACAAGAGCAGCAAGAGGAGAUCCCACCCUCUGCCCAGCUUCCCCAGGCCGUCGCGCUCCGCCGUGAGCGUGAAGAUCUCCCCGAAGGCCGCGGCCGACGAGAACCGGCGCGAGGCGCUCAAGAAGUUGGGGCUGCUGAAGGAAUAGCUCGUGGGGCUUUUCACCCCAAAUCCAGCGGCCUCGGGCACGAGCAUCUGCUGCCAUCUCCUGCUCCAGCGCCGUGGGAGAGGUGUUGGGAGCUUCACGCCAAAGGAACGGUGCGUGGACAGAAUAUUUUGUAUAUAGCAGAUGUGUGUGAGCUUUUUGUUUAUACAGAGCAUCUCUCAGCGUGGACAGGGCAUGUUCUCCUGCAAGGGCUUUAAUGCAUUUGGGGAUUCAUCAAAACAGGGAAGCCGUGGAAUUAGGGGUUUGGUUUAUUUUCAAAGGGGUUGCCUGUGGAUAAAGCAUCUCUGGGAAGAACUGCUGGACUUUGCUGCUCCUUUAGGACUUUUUGGGUUUUUUUUUAAAUUAAUUUUAUCACAGCCUCUGAGGCCUGAGCACUCACCUGCCACAUGAAAGCACCUCCUGAAAGCACCACUGCCUGCUGGGGGGCUGCACAGACAUCCCACUGCCUCCCCUGCCACACUCCGCUCUCCCACCCAGCCCUGAGCACCUGGAUCCAGCACCUGGAAGAGGCUUGGACUGCAGGAAGUGACAGCCAGAGGUUGUGCUGGUGUCAGAUCCAGAUGUGCGGCCCAAAACGGGGCCGAUGCAAGGCUGGGACAGCUCCAACUCAUCCCUUCGGAGCUGUCCUGGCACCUCUCAGGCCCAGCUGAUGCUGCCAACACCUUGGGGAGCAGAGGUGGUUGGUGUCCUUAAUAAACCUGUGUGUGAUCAGAAAGGGCCGUGUGGUGCAGAUUUAUGUGGCAGUCAGGUAAAUCUCAAUAGUGGAGUU